GGUGCCAUCCAGCUGGGUAUCACACACACGGUGGGCAGCCUCAGUCAGAAAGCCGAAAGAGACGUCCUCAUGCAGGACUUCUAUGUUGUAGAGAGCAUCUUCUUCCCGAGUGAAGGAAGUAAUUUGACUCCAGCACAUCACCACGGUGACUUCAGGUUUAAGACCUACGCCCCCAUUGCCUUCCGUUAUUUCAGAGAACUCUUUGGCAUUCGACCUGAUGAUUAUCUGUACUCUCUGUGCAAUGAUCCUUUGAUCGAAUUGUCCAACCCUGGAGCGAGUGGAUCGAUAUUUUAUGUGACAAGCGAUGAUGAGUUCAUUAUUAAAACAGUGCAGCACAAAGAGGCAGAGUUCCUGCAGAAGCUACUGCCUGGGUACUUCAUGAAUCUGAAUCAGAACAAGAGAACGCUACUCCCGAAGUUUUACGGCUUGUAUUGCGUGCAGGCGGGCGGAAAGAACAUCCGUAUCGUUGUAAUGAAUAACCUGUUGCCCCGUAGUGUGCCUAUGCACCUCAAAUAUGACCUGAAGGGCUCCACAUGCAAGCGCCGUGCCUCCCCUAAAGAGAGAGAGAAGAGCGUCCCCACUUACAAAGAUCUGGAUUUCAUCCAGGAUAUGCCCGAGGGCAUCCAGCUAGAACCAGACAACUACAACGCCCUCUGCAAAACCAUCCAGAGGGACUGCCUGCUGCUGCAAAGCUUUAAGAUUAUGGACUACAGCCUUUUGGUGGGAAUCCAUAACACAGAUCAGGCAUCUCGUGAGCGAUCAGGGGCAGUAGAGGGCGGGGGGUCCGAGGGGGCCGUGACACCAGACCACAGGAGGCCGCAGGCUCAGAAAGCUCUUUACUGCACCGCUAUGGAGUCGAUACAGGGAGGGGCCAAAGGGAAAGGAACCCUGGAAACAGAGGACCAAUGGGGAGGAAUCCCUGCACGCAACAGUAAAGGAGAGAGAAUACUGAUUUACAUUGGGAUCAUCGACAUAUUACAGUCGUACAGAUUUAUAAAAAAAAUAGAGCAUUCCUGGAAGGCCUUGGUUCACGAUGGGGACACGGUCUCUGUACAUCGGCCCGGAUUCUACGCUGAGCGAUUCCAGCGUUUCAUGUGCAGCACGGUUUUUAAGAAAACACUAAAAUCAUCCCCCUCAAAGAAGAGCCGAAGUGGCUGUUCGAGUGUUGUGAGACGGCAUCCAAUGGGAAGCUCUGCUUCUGCUCCCAGUGGACAGACAGUUGCUGAUGCCAGACUCGUGUACCGUACUCACCUCAGCCAGACCGACUCGGAAGGAGAGAGUGGCAUGCAGUUGGGCAGACCGGACCUGCUCCCACAAGCCGAUCCUUUGGCUGGAAGCUCCAGUGAGUUUGCGGCAACAAAUCUCCCCAACUCCUCACCUGGCAGCACAGGAAUGAUAUCAUCUUCACCUCCUCAGAGGUCAGUAGGGGUGGAGGUGCACAAAUCUGCAGUCAUUGAGCCUGACAGCAGCGGCCCUCAGAGCACUGGAGCCGAAUGCUUAGAUGAGCAGUUAAGCAACGAAGAUGCCAUUUCACUCAAAGACAUCAUCCCAGAAACUGACAUUUGUUUUUAAGAGAAGAACAAUGACUGGUGACACAAGAGCAGAGCAUUUAACGAGUGAUGGACACACAGAACCUCAGAAGAGAUGAGGGGUGCUUCUGAGCGCGGGUAUGAUGGGGAUUUUCUCUCAGUGGGAGCUUCAGAAAGAACUCCAGGGCCUCAGCACAAUGAAAUAUGUUUGAAAAGUGAGUGAGAGACAGAGGGAAUGAAGAAAGUUUUGCUGGCUUUUUCUCUUUCUCUCGCACAGGAAAUGCUGCUAAAACCAAUUUUAACCAGAAAAUUUUUGGAAAAGUAUCUCAGUCACACUCUUUACUGCCUUUGUUCGCUCUUAAACAUUUCAAACAGAGCAAGCAGGAUACACAAACCUUAUUUAGUUUUCUCUGCCUAGCUAGCGCUGGGAGAAAAAGCACAUUACACAGUUGGCACCACUUCAUAGUAUCGUUGGAGGCUUUGUUGCAUAAAUCUUUAUUAGCAUAGAUCUUUAUUUAUAUAGGUCUUUAAACCUUUUAAUUUUCUCUGAACUGGUGUGACUAGGACUAAUGGCUGCUAGCGCUCCAGUAUACUUAUCUCAGAAGGCAUUAUGCUGUGAUGGAGUGUGUGUCAGAGAUAAGCAGAUUCUGUAUACACAUAUAUGAAGGUUAAUUUUGUUAUCACUUUUUUUUUUUUUUUGAGUAAAUCUGAUGAGAGCAUCUCAUUGGUGGGUUUUCCCAGCUCUUUCUGUGUUGAGACAGCAUGUGCCCUAAGAGCGACAAACAUAUGGGGGGAAAUGACCAAAAAUGAUUCCCACUUUGUUAAAAAGUAAAUGCAUUUGAAUGUUACAGAUGAAAUAGCUUUAUGUCUUCGAAAUAUCCCACAUUCGGGCUUAGAAUUCCAUGGUUAGUUGCUAUACGAUUUUCUUCUCUGAGGUGCCACUAAGUAGAUUUAGAUUUUUUUUUUAAUCGUUUAAUUCAGAUGCUUGGUUUGCCUUUUUAUCUCUAUGCAUCUGUCUUUUGCAUUUUGUUUUCCCCCCCCUGCCCAUUGUAACCAUAUUCCUCCAUACUGGACCAAUCAAAUGUCAAGGUUGAGAAAUGGAUGGCCCUGCGUGCAUUUUCAGUGCACAUAUUGCUGCCAUGCCAAGGGCCCCCUAAUAUUUGUGUAUAUAGUUCUGUAAAUAUACAUUCUGUCUUCCUAUACAUUAUAAAACGCUACUAAUGUGCUCUUUUGGCACAGCAGCUAUUGUCUUUUUACUAACAUAUUAAUGAGUAGACAUUGAUUGAUUGAUUGAUUGAUUGAUGCACCAUGACGUCUUCCAAUCAUCUGCCUUAAUGCAGCUAUAAAAACACUAAUUUCUGCUGGAUACAGAAAUUACAUGGCCUCCAAACACUUGGACCAACAUGGAACAUGCAUAAGUCAUUUCAGAUCUACCUGUUACUGAUGAUUUUGUUACACAAUGCAUGUUUUGUUUUUCUUUUUACUGGCCCUUUCAUACAAACCUAAGCAUUUUCUAGCAUUAUACACAAUCAUAUAGUGUGUAGACAAGACUGAAGCAGUUUGAAUUUAAGGAAUGUAAGACAAAUUUAUAUCCUAACAGGUUAUACUGUCGAUAGAUGAAAUAUCUUAAGAUCAUUCAUAGCUGAUUUCCAAUUGACAGGACGUAAAAUCCUUUAUAGCCAUGAAAAUGUUCUUUGGUACAGUUGUACUUUAAGACUCACCCUGAGAUUAAAUAAUUUAAGUAAAAAAUGAAAGAAAUAGACACUAAUGGACUUUACCAGGGCACAUGUAAACACUUUGGAUCAGGGGUGCCCAAACUCGGUCCUUGAGGGCCGGUGUCCUGCAGAGUUUAGAUCCAACCCCAA